UAAUCUGCUCUGAUUGGUAAAAACAAUUGUACGGCGCCAACUCCAUUUUUGGCGCCACAACACGAACUAAACUGUAAUAAAGGAAGUGAUACGAUGGACUUUGGUGGAGCUCCGACUGGUAAUGCGACGUCCCCGCGCGUCAACAAGAAGACCAUGGGCGCCUACGUGGGUCACACAGUCGCACUUGUUGGUGCUGUGGAGAGCCACUCGCCCACAGCCGUCGUACUGCGCACUUCUGACGGUGAGAUCGUGAAUGUGACGACGCAGCCGGGCACCGACUAUGGCAGCAAAGUGGUGGAGGUGAUAGGUCGCGUUGUGGAUAGCGAGACCAUCCAGGAGUUCAAGACGACGCUCUUCGGUGACAACUUCGACUUGGACGUGUACGACCAGUUCGUGCAACUCUCACAGUCCAAAUACAAGCAUUUGUUUGCGUAAUUCCCAUUCUUUGACGCCGUGAGUGGGAGGCAAUGAGGUGAAAAUCAAGAGGAAGACUAUAUAGAUUUGCAUGCAUGCUGGUUAUUCGUCUGCUGGUGACUCUGAAGUUUCUCUGGGAGGUUCUGCGUCGUUUUCUUUGACGCUUUCAUCAGAAGGCAUCGGUUUAGCUGUGAGCAGGAAUCCCUGGCUGAGCGGACGAAGAGCUUUGGGCGUCUGGACGUCGUUGAUCUCGCGCUGGACGAAGUGUAAGUGGUAAUACGGGGUGUAGAUGCACUUGUAGAGCUGAAAAUGUCGGUAGUACGAGUUCGCGACGUAGUCCACGAUAGUUGCGACUUCCUCGCGGCUGAAAAUCCCCACACUGCCAACAUGCCGACAUUUCGUUAGCUUUGUGCCAUAGCCAUAGCACAUAUCGCCGUUUCUUACCUCUUAGGUGAACGAUUGACGCUGUGCGUGAGCAGCAUAGCCUGGAAAAACUCAAAGCUACUCUUGAGGUCGGUCGUGCUGUCACUCGCGAAGUCACGCUUCAUGAGCGUCUGGCAGAUCCCGAGAAACACUGACGUUUGGUUGAGUUCGAAGUGUCUUUGCCUGCAGAACGUAUACGCCUCCAGUCGUUAAGGCGAACUAGCCACGUCCCUGGAUCAAAUCUAGAAUUAUACGCAACUCAUUGCAACGCUUUCUAAAGGAUAUGAGUAGUUGUGCAG